GCCAAUGACAUUUAUUUAUUUAUUUAUUUUUUAGGGUUAAGUUUGCAGUUUCUGUUCAACAUAAAAACACCAAGUUAGCCUCCAGCUAGUCCUUUUUCCGAGGCUGAAUGAGAACACACUCGAGUCCUGAGGUAUUCUGUUUGAGCUCCGACCGCCGGAAAUUAGUUUUUAACUCCGUUUCGAAUUAAACCUGUAACUGUGGAGAUGAUGCUGCAGUUAGGAGACGACGCCACCUGCUUUUCGGCUUUGUUUGUGCUGGUGUUGGUCAGCACCAGGAGCGCGGUCUGCUCCCUUAGCCUCACUGGAAUUCUCUACCUCUUCCUGGCGAUCUUCCGGUUCCCACAAGUCCCCGCGAGCCGCGCCAGGCAAGUGAUGCGGCCCGGAAGGCUCGCGCCCGGCGGCGUGUCAGUGGUGGCUCACCGGGCCGGAAGUCACGACGCACCGGAGAACACCAUAGCAGCCAUAAGACAAGCCAGUGCGAACGGCGCGACAGGAGUGGAGCUGGAUUUGGAGUUCACUGCUGAUGGCGUUCCCAUCCUGAUGCAUGAUGAUACCGUGGACCGGACCACCAAUGGAUCGGGACCACUGAGCAAGAUGCGUUUCUCGGAGAUCAGCAAACUGGAUGCAGCUGCCAAACAUAGACUCAGUGAUCGUUUCCAUGGAGAGAAGGUCCCGACUCUGCUGGAGGCGGUGGAGGAAUGCAUCAAACACCAGCUGAUCAUCUACUUUGAUGUCAAAGGUCACCCAGAUGAGGCCGCAGCAGCUCUGAAGCAGCUCUAUGAGAAACACCCGGUGCUCUACAACUCCAGCGUGGUGUGUUCGUUCGAGCCCAAAGUCAUUUACAGGAUGAGGCAGGCCGAUCCAGACGUCAUGACGGCGCUGACGCACCGCCCGUGGAGCCUGAGUCACUUUGGCGACGGGUCGCCGCGGUUCUCGUCGGCAUGGAAACAGCACUGGAUGCAGGUCUUGGAUGUGUUGCUGGACUGGGCGCAUCACCACCUGCUGUGGAAACUGUGCGGCGUGUCGGCUUUCCUACUGCAGAAAAACUACAUCUCCCAGGAUACGGUGAAGUACUGGGCCGAGCGCAACGUCGAGGUCGUGGCCUGGACCGUGAACAUGGCUGUGGAGAAGAACUUCUUCCAGCAGCAUCUGAACAUCAACUACAUCACCGACAGUCUGACAGAGGACUGUGAGCCGCACUACUGACGCCCACACCCACUCAACUUCAUUUCCAAAGCAAAUGCACACAGUAUUUGGCCUUAAACUAUUAAUACUUAUCCAUAAAAUGUUCAUCAGUUUAUAAUGUGUUGUAAAUUAAAGUGCAUGGUGAAGUGUGUUGCAAUGAACAAGUCAGGAGGUAUCCAGAAUACCAUAUCUUCCAGUAAAUAGGACUUUUAUGAUGCUUUAGUAGGCGCUGGGAAUUCUACAGUGAAGCAGAAUGUUGUGUACACACACCGCAAGUUAAUUUUAUUCUUAUAUUUUUGGUGAGGUUUUCAUGGUAGACCAGAAGGUGCUAACAUAACACUGGGACUAACUCUAGACUCGAGUACGCCACAAGGCAGCGCUGAAGUGCUGCUUCGACGGCAGGACACACGUCAGCAUCCUCUUAUCUGGAAAUACGGUAGUUAUACUGUUACGGAGUGAUGGCGCGAUAGAUACUGAUGUCAGAAAGCAUCAUUUCGAGGUACAUUAUUUGUCUCGACAUACGCCAUUAUGGCAGUCUGCUUUUUAAAAGAGAUAAAACUGAAGCAGUGAUGUUCAUCGAGAAACUACCUGAGGCACAGAGCAAUCCUCAUAUCAGGUCUUCUAACAGCUUCAGAGAAAAUCACAUCGGAAUCGAGAAUUCACGCCCCCGACAGUGGUGCAGCGAUAAAUGACCGGUUUAUAUUAAUACACUUGUCAAGGCAAUGCGUCAUCGUUUCUGUAGUAACAGCUCAUUAUUAAUCUAACGACUGUUUACAGCUGCUAGAACGGAAGUGAGAGACGUGUUUCGCGGACGUUCCACAAUAUGAAAUGUAACUUGAGGCAGAUAAAAAAAAAAAAAAAAAAAGAUGCGUCACAUAGGCAUGCCGUUAUACAAGUAGGCAACUGGAUUGUUGAUUAUUUUCCUAUAACAGCAUGCUCACAAGUAGUCUGCUGUGAUGCACAAGGCCAGAGAUCGUGUUGGACACACUCGGUGGUUUUCUCUGCGAGGAAAAACAAGAUAGCGCACACACACAAACACACAAAACCUCAGUCAAACUUUUAGUGAGAUUUUAUUGCAACAGUGCCAUAGUUUUCAAACACUGAAUGCAACAUGUGAAGCUUUUAUCUUUUCUGAACGGUCGCGUGAGACGCCCUGUGAUUGAUCUGCACAAUGGCUGGAACCGUGUUUAAUAUCGUGUACUUCCGAAGACGACUAAAUAAAUAAAUAAAAAAAAAUGUUAGCUGUGUUUCAGUGUACUUUAUAGAUCAACUCAGGUGAGCAUGUCGAUAUAAAUAUAAUUUAGUUUUAAAAUUAAUUUUAGUGCUUUGGCAUUUGAAAUCUGAACAGUUAAGAAUUAAACUGUUCAAGUUUGAGGCUUUUACCAACAGAAAGGGAACUUUGAGAUUUCUUAGUGUAGUUAAUAAUUGCCUAGACUUAUCACAAUUUAAUUGAUUAUGAUUAUUGCCUCAUCAUAUUGUAUUUGUAAAAUUCCAGUAAACUCCUAUGCUAUACAAAUCAGACCGAAGAACACAGCAAAAUUAAAAUCCUCUCCAGCACUGUUUAGUUUGCAGUAAACUAAUCAGACUGACUGUAGGCAAUAGAAGCUAAUCAUUAAAAUAAUCUGCUUUAAGGGACUCGAUUAAGUGAUCAUUAUUGCAUACAUCUGCUUGUGAAGGAAAGAUUACAUACUCGCCCCUGGAGUUCAGUAGCCGGAUGUCUGCCCUUGAUUAGGAGGGUUGGGUGACUGCACAAUCAGCAGUAACACAAUGUUCUAUUAUCUGAUAAUGGUAUUUGUUCGAAGCUUUGGACUUGAAGACUGAAGUGAAAAUAUCUCGAACAUGAGACAAAAUUCGAAUCCCCAUUCGUAAGGUUUUACAACACAAACUCGAAACUCAUUUAUUGGAGUGCAAUCAGUGUUCAAGUGGGGUUGAGUUCAGUCAGGGCUCUGAAAAGUUCUUCCGCUCCAUGUCCUCAUGGAGCUCGGUUUGUGCACUGUCAUGCUGGAACAGGUUCGGCCAUCUUGGUUCCAAAGGGAAAUUGUGACGCGAUCGCAUACAGAGCCAUUCGAUACAGUUGUGCGCUUCUGACUUUAUGGUAACGGUUUGGUGUGCUGGUCAGGGGUCCACAAACUUUUGGCUUUAUAGUCUAUUUACUGUAUGUACAGUCUGAACGUUGAACUCGGAGAAUAAAUGAAGACAUUUAAAAUGGA